GGAAAAAAAAAACAAGCACGAUUCGGAGAAAAACAAAACGCACCGCGUUGGUCGUGCUGCAACGCUUCUCUUACCUGUAGCCUCCUCUCCUCUCCUUCUUCCCUCGCUGGUUUUUAUUACUUAUUUACGGAUCUCCGACACAAACCAACAACCAAACACAAAGCCGUUUCACACAGUUCCUACCUCCAUCUCUCUCGACUCUCUUCGCAAGUGCUCUCUCUCGUGUUUUAAUAACGAUUAUUUUGCUAAUCUCUUCAACGUGUUUCCGAAUUCGUGGUUAGAUCUGUCUCGAAACUGGGGAAGGGAAGGGGGGUUGGGAUCGUAUUUAGAUAAUGCACGAGAAUGAUGAUCUUCCGCGUGAUUCGGUUGAUUCUAUAGCUGAUGGAAUUGAUAAUGAGGACGAAUCAAAUGGGCAAGAGCUUGAUCCUGACCAGGGAACAGCUUUCGUUGAUAGUAAGGAAGAUAUGUUUGUUGAUGCCCCUGAAGAGUUGAAUUUUGAUACACCCAGCAAGGAAGCUCUUUCGACAGAUGAUGAUGACAAUGGAGAGCUUCUUAAUCAAUUCAAUGUCUGUGAAAUUCUUCUUCUUUUUUAUAUUUACUUAUUUGAAUUUUUUUUUCCCCCAAGGAUUAUCCUUUUGUUCAUUUAUGUUUGUUUCUACAUGCAGAAUGAGAAGGAGGACAGGGAGAAGGAACUUGCAGGGUUGAAGGAACAGUUUAAGCUGUUGACUGGUGACAAUGAUUUGAAUGGUGGAGAUGGGGACACCGUGGAAAUCGUCAGCCGCUUCUCAAAGUUUCUAAAAACUGCUGAGGAAGAGCGGAUUCAGCAUGAGGAUGCACUCAGAAAGCUUCGCGGGAUUAUCAGUGGGAAGGACGACGAGAUUGCUGAUCUCACCGCAAAGAUCUCAGAGCUUUCUUCGUCGCAGUCUUCAGUUUCCGAUGCGGAACAUCAGGCACAGAACGCAGAGCAGCUUGAGGCUGCAACAGAUAGGAUUUUGCUUACUCUUAGUAAUGUGUUUGGGCAGGAGCAGCUGCAGUAUGGUUCUUCUGUCUCUGAAAAGGUUGCUCAUCUGGAGAACGGAGUUGCCUUUUUAAGCGCGAAAUACACCGAGUUUUACUACGGCGCCGAUGAAUUGAGGAAGUGUUUGUCUAGUGAUGGUGUGGAUCUUCGUUUCCAGGAGGAUUUUGGUUCAGCUCUCGGUGCUGCUUGCUCUGAGUUACUUGAGCUCAAGCAGAAGGAAACAGCGUUUUUUGAAAGACUUAGCCAUCUGGAAGAUGAAAAUAGGAAGCUGGUUGAACAAGUGAACAGAGACAGAGAAAUGAUUGAGUCUAUGAGUGAAGAAUCUGGAAAAAUGAAGGCAGAGCUUGAGCAAGAGAAGACAAGGUGUAGUAACACGAAGGAGAAGCUCAGCAUGGCUGUAACAAAAGGGAAGGCGUUAGUUCAGAACCGGGAUGCUCUGAAGCACCAAAUAGCUGAAAAGACAAUGGAGCUUGAGAAUAGGUUGACUGAGUUACAGGAGAAGAAGAUUGCCCUUGAAGCUUCUGAAUUAGUGAAGGGGCAGCUGGAGCAAUCGUUAGCUGAAAAGACGGAUGAACUUGAGAAAUGCUAUAAUGAAUUGCAUGAUAAGUCUGUAAACCUGGAAGCAUAUGAGGUAGCAAAACAGGAGUUGGAACAGUCUCUGGCUGAGAAAGCGAAGGAACUUGAAGAGUGUUUGAUGAAGCUACAAGAGAUGUCAACAGCACUGGAUGAAUCUGAACUCAUCAAAGGCGAGUUAGUAAAAUCCGAGGCUUUGGUUGCAUCAUAUCAGGAAAUGGUAUCGUCAAGGAGCUCUGUCAUUGAAAAUGUUGAAACCAUCUUGUCAAACAUAGAUCCACCUGACGAAGGCCACUCUCUCGAUAUCAUUGAAAAAGUAAGGUCGCUUGUAGAAGAGAGGAUAGAGCUCAAAAAUGUUUCCCAGGAGUACAACAGACUGAAAGAUUUGGACUUUUCCAUUGACUUACCAGAGGAGAUUUCCCAAUCCAGCCUAGAAACUCGCCUAACUUGGCUUAGGGAAUCAUUUUUCCAGGCAAAGGAUGAAGUUAGUGCCCUGCAAAACCAGAUCGAAAGCUUAAGCAUGUCUCUUUCAGCAGAAAUGGAGGAGAAAAAUAACAUUAGAAGGGAACUUGAUGAUUUAACUUUCAGUUUUAAAAAAUUAGAGGAAACUGCAGAGCGAAGUUCUUUGGAAAGAGAUGAAAUUGUGAGGAGACUUGUGGAAACCUCUGGCUUGAUGACAGAAGAAGUCGAUCAUCGUUUACUUGUUGAUAGAUCCUUCGACCAGAUAGAAAAGCAAAGCAGGGACUCUAGUGGCAGUUCUUGCGGCAAUGAAGAAUUAUUUGAGAGAUUUCAAAGUCUCCUUUAUGUGAGUGAUCUAGAUUCGUCACUUUGUAAGGAAAUACUAGGAGAGGAAAUGCUGGCUAGUUUGCAGGUGCGGGAUCUCUCAAAUGAGCUAAAAAAUGUAUCUAGUGAACUUGCGGUCGUGAAAGAAGAAAAAACUGCUUUGGAGACAGAUCUUGAGCGAUCAGAGGAGAAAUCUGCUUUGCUCAGAGACAAACUUUCCAUGGCGAUCAAGAAAGGCAAGGGACUUGUCCAAGAUAGGGAAAAGUUAAAAACUCAGCUGGACGAGAAAAACUCUGAUAUAGAGAAGGUGAUGCUCGAGUUGCAGCAGUUGACGGGUGCGGUUGAUAGCUAUAAGAAUCAGAUAGAUAUGUUAUCGGGGGACUUAGAGCGCACAAAAGAGCUAGAGGCUGAGCUUAUUGCUAUUAAAGACGAAAGAGAUCAACUUAAGCAAUCCUUAUCUCUGAAUGACACUUUGUUGCAGCAGUUAACUGGUACGGUUGACAGUUACAAGAAUCAGAUAGAUAUGUUGUCGGGAGACUUAGAGCGCACAAAAGAGCUAGAGGCUGAGCUUGUUGCUAUUAAAGACGAAAGAGAUCAACUUAAGCAAUCUUUAUCUCUGAAUGACACUUUGUUGCAGAAAGUGAUGAAAUCAGUUGAAACUAUGAAUAUCCCUGUGGAUUUAGCAACUGAGGAUUCUUCAGAAAAGAUUGACCGACUUGCUGGGUACUUGAAGGAAGUGCAGCAGGCUAGAGUAGAGGAACAAGAAGAACUGGAAAAAGUAAAAGAAGAAGCCAGUACAUUAGCCAGUAAAUUAGCAGAAGCCCACACAGCCUUGAAGUUGGUUGAGGAUGCCUUGUCUACUGCAGAGGGUAACAUCGAUCGACUUGCUGAGGAGAAUAGGCAAGUCCAAGCUGCUAAGGAAAAUGUUGAAAUUGAGCUGCAGAAAGCGAUUGGAGAGGCCUCCUCUCUGGCUAGCGAACUGGAUGAAGCUUGUGCAACCAGGAAUACACUUGAAGCUGCACUCAUGCAGGCUGAAAGAAAUAUAUCUGAUAUCAUCAGCGAAAAGGAAGAGGCUCAAAGCAGUACUGCUACUGCAGAGAUGGAACUAGAGAAGGUGAAAGAAGAACUUUCAGAUCAGAAUAACAAAUUAACAGAAGCGCAUAGCACUAUAAAAUCACUUGAAGAAACGCUUAUUCAGACAGAAAGCAACGUGGAUUCGCUGUCCAAACAAAUUGAAGACGAUAAGGUUCUUACUACAAAUCUGAAGAAUGAGUUAGAGAAUGUUCGAAAUGAGGUAGAGUUGGAGCGUAGCAAGAUGGCGGAGGCUUCCUUGACAAUAGGAUCCCUUGAGGAGGCACUAAUGAAGGCGGAGAAUAGUCUUGCUGGCUUACAAGGAGAAAUGGUGAAAGCUGAAGUCGAGAUAUCAACUCUCAGUAGUAAACUUAAUGUAUGCAUGGAAGAGUUAGGUGGAUCAAGUGGAAACUCACAUAACAAAUCUUUGGAGAUUAUUGCUCAUCUUGAUAAUCUCCAGACGCUACUGAAAGAUAGAGGACUAGUUUCCAGGGUGAAUGAGUUCCUUGAAAGGAAAUUCAGAAGCCUUAGAGACAUGGAUGUCAUUGCUAGAGAUAUCGUAAGAAAUUUUGGUAAUAAGGGAUUGGCAGGGGAAAUGGACAACGUUACAGAGGAUGAUUCCACUGUGGCAAAAUCCUUGUUGAGUGGUCUUGAUGAUUCAGUGGAUACAGAGCUGGAGAAUAGCAAAGAGAUAGCUGAGGAAGACGAAAUAUCUUCGUCCCUUAGGAAGAUCGCAGAGGGGGUCAAGCUGAGAAACAAUAUACUCGAGAAAAACUUUGAAGUUUUCUCAACUUCCAUUGAUACACUCAUUGCUGUGCUGAUGGAAAACAUGACAGCAGCUAGGGCUGAUGUUACAAAUGCCAUGGGUCAUAAUGAGUCCCUGAAAGAACAGCUGAGGAGUGCAGAAGAUGUUGUUCGCGAACAGGAAAACACUAUAUCUGCAUUACAAAAAGAUUUGUCAUCUUUGAUGUCUGUAUGUGGCGAGGCUGCAAGCGAGCUGCAGUCUGAAGUGAAAAAUGACCUCCUCGAGUUGGUUCAGUUCCAAGAAAAUGAGAAGGGUGGUGAAACUGAAUCAACUGAGCACCCACAGGAGCUUCAUGUCAGUGAAUGCGCCCGGAGAGUGAAAGAAUUAUCUUCUGCCACCGAGAAGGCAUGUGCUACUCUUAAGCUCUUUGAGACGACAAGUAAUGCAGCUGCUGUUGUAAUCCGAGAUAUGGAGAACAGAUUAAAAGAGGCAUCUGCGGAUCUAGAAAAGGUUGUGUUGGAAAGAGAUCUAAACCAAACUAAGGUUUCAAGUUCCGAGGCCAAGGUGGAAGCUACGGAAGCAAUUUGCCAAGAUCUGCAACUUCAGCUGGAAAAACUCAAAGCCGAAGAAGAGAAAUGGCAUGAAAAGGAGGUGGAACUUUCUACAUUAUAUGAUAAACUGUCGGUGCAAGAGCAAGAAGCAAAGGAAAACCUAAUUCCAGCUUCUGAUAUGCAUGCUCUUUUUGACAAGAUAAAUGGUAUUGAGGUGCCUUCAGUAAAUCAGGUCAAUGAAUCAGAUCAACAGAGUCCAUACGAUGUGAAGAAGCUAUUCGCGAUUGUUGAUAGUGUUACUGAGAUGCAGCAUCAGAUAAACCUCUUAUCAUAUGGACAAAAAGAGCUCAGUUCCACCUUGGCAGAAAAGGAUCUUGAAAUACAAGGUUUGAAGGAGGCGGCUGAAGCAAAGAGUACAACCGAGCUAGAGUUAGUGAAGGCAAAUAACGAAUUGUCCAAGCUAAUAUCUGGCUUGGAGAAACUGCUGGGUAUACUGGCGGGCAAUGAUGCUGUUGUAGACCCAAACUUCCCCGAGACACUCUUACAAGCGCUAGAGAGAAAAAUAACUUCCCUUCUCCUAGAGUCCGAGAGUUCAAAAUCAAGGGCUCAAGAACUUGGUUUAAAGUUAGCCAGCAGCGAAAAACUUGUGGAUAAAUUAUCAUUAAAAGUCAAAGAAUUUGAGGAUAAACUUCAAAGUAAAGCCAUCCAGCCUGAUGUCGUUCACGAAAGGAGCAUCUUCGAAGCACCUUCUACCUCGGAGAUAUCCGAGAUUGAGGACAAGGGGAAAAAGUCAAUAUCACCUGUGCCUACAGCAGCGCAAGUGAGAACGGUGAGGAAAGGAUCAACGGAUCAUCUUUCAAUCAACAUAGAUUCAGACUCCGAGCAUCUGAUUAACGACAACGAAACAGCUGAAGAUAAAGGACAUGUUUUCAAGUCUCUCAACAUGUCUGGUCUGAUUCCAACGCAAGGAAAGAUGAUAGCAGAUCGUGUCGAUGGAAUAUGGGUCUCAGGAGGAAGAGUAUUAAUGAGCCGUCCUCAAGCAAGGCUUGGCGUUAUGGUAUACAGUCUCUUAUUGCAUCUGUGGCUCCUAGCUUCCAUCUUGUAACAAGACAGGUGAUUGAUUUCUCUUAGGCCUCUUACAUGAAACCACACACAACAGUACACACACAAAUCUCUCUCUCUCUCUCUCUCUGAUCUCUAUUCUUCCCAUUCUUUGUCGACCCGUAAGCAGAGAAUGAUAGGUGUCGUCGUGUAUAUAUAUCCUGAAUAAAUGUCUCGGAUAAAGCUUUUUUCCAUCUAGUUCUUCAGUUUCGUAGUCCUAGAAUGUUCGAUUAGGACUCAGUACUUUAUUAUAGCUGGUUGUUUGUCUUAAACAUAUGUUCAAUCAAUUUAAGUUUUGAAUAACUGUAAAAGUAUUCUUUUUGUAGAACUCUAAAAUAUAAUAUUAUGAUAUAACGUGACCAAACAUUUUACAGUGGUACUUCGAGAGGAGAGAUAGAGACUUGUAGACGCACACCUAUCCCCUACUGCUCAUUAACUGUUUUCUUUAUUCCCGAAAAUUGAGCUUUGGAAUUGACGUAUUUAAACUGUCUCUAACCCAAAAGCGGCA